AUGGCUGAGUCAGAUAUCAUCAAUCAUUCGGAUUCGAAUUCCGUCGCCGAUAAUGAUGUCGAAGUGCCCAACCUUGGCGUGAAUUCUCCCGCUUAUCAAGGGUUAGUGAACGGUCUAGAUAGACUUAUAGCAGAUCUCAUUGCCCAUGAUAGAUCUAUCGCAGAAGAACGCGACAACGACAUUGACGAAAUUCCGAUGCUCGAAAGUGGAGUGACAGAGGUUGUCAACCGGGACAAUGUCGAAAAUGCAAUUCAGGAAGAAGGCGCUUUCAUCAUUCGUCCGUUGAGCGGUGAAGGCGAGGAAACUCGUACACAGAGAGUCAAACGAUCUAUUCAGAGCACGGCCAGAAAUUUACUUGCCAAUCUCCGUUUCAUUUCGAAAAGCUCGGCCGCAUUUGUGAUCUUGAUGUGGGUCCUCAUCGUCUACCAUCUCUGUCGUUUCGUGAUUCUCACGUUCUGGCCCUAA